AUGGAUCCCCAUCGCGUCACCACGCACCGGAAUAGCACCCAGCUGCGGAUGAUCCUGCCGGCCUUCUGCCAUCUAGCCGCCCAACUUGCGAUCAAGGUUGGUGCUGCAUCCUACUAG